AUGUUUGCCAAACCGUUUAAGGUGAAAUCUAACACUGUAAUCAAAGGAUCUGACAGGAGAAAGCUAAAAGUUGACAUAUCUGCAGCCUUUCCUGCUCUAACUGCAAAUGAGUUAUCAGAAUUGGUUCCCAACAAAGAGGAGUUAAAUUUGGAAAGAUGCAUUUACCCCACAGUUUAUGUGCUAUGGCGAUAUCCUGCGUUGCUUCCAGCAUUUACUACUUGGCCUCCUGUGCUUGACAAGUUAAUUGGAGGAGCCGAUCUCAUGCUUCCUGGUGUUGUGACUCACAGUGGUCUCCCAUGUGUGAAUCAAGGGGAAUGUUGUUCAGUAAAACUAGUCAAUAAUGGGGCUCCUGUUGCUAUUGGGACUGCAGCAGUUUCCUCUUCAGAGAUGCAGCGUUCAGGCAUGAAAGGCAGAGGUGUUUGCAUCCUUCACACAUACCUGGACACGCUGUGGGCUUUUGGCGACAAGUCAGGUCCACCCUCUUUACCAGAAAGUGAGGAACAAGACGUAAGCUCAGAAGCGUGUGACCAGGAGGAUGAACAGGGGACGGGCACGGAGGCGGCGCCGUGUAGCGACGAGGUCAUCCACCAGGUCUGCACUGAAGCCGACGAGCUGAGUUUGGCAGAUCCCGUUCAGCAAGAAUUGGACACAGAGCUACAAACAGAAGAUGAGCAGAUAUCCCCGCAAGAGCUGAUGGAUGCCCUGCUGUUUCAGUGCUUUCUCCACGCACUUAAGACAAAAGUAAAAAAGUCAGAACUCCCUCUGUUGACUAGCACCUUUCUCCGCAAUCAUAUGUUUUCCUGCUGUCCAAGUGGAAAGCAACUGGACAUCAAGAGAUCCAGUUAUAAGAAGCUUUCCAAGUUUCUACAGACGAUGCAACAACAGCACAGGCUGAUACGAGUGAAAGAACUGACAAAGGGUGUGGAGAGCAUUGUGGAGGUGGACUGGAAAAAUCCGGAGUGA